UUAGCGCCAUCAAAAAACAUUAAAUCUUCCCAUAGUUUCUCAUCGUAAAAAAAAAAAAUGAAUCCUUGCGCAUUUCUUAUAUAAAAAUGUCGGAUAGCGGACAAGCAGCACAAUAAAGUCAGCUCACCUAUAUAUAAAAACAAAGCAUUAAGAAUCAAUCUUUCCCUAUUUGUACGUUUCACGUCGACCAGCAUAGCCGACCCAACUUUUAUUUCUUACGAGGCGGCUUCGUUUUUUUCCUUUUUUUUUAAGUCUUUUCAGUUAAAAGAGAGACCUCAUGCUGUCUCAUCGUGUUCAACAUUUCUGAAACAUCCAAAACCAAUCCUGAUUGUUCUUCUUCCAAUCAGAGAACUACCGGCUUUUUUCUUAAGGCUUCUUCUCCACCAUAUAAUUAUUUGUUUCGUGUUAAUGACCCGGUUGCUAGAAAGAAAAAAAAAAAGGUUGGUUACACCUGCCGCUUACGUCCAAAAGGAAAAAGGAAAUUGAAACGGAGGAAGGAAGUGUCGUCAAGGUCUUUUCAUCUCGUCUCUUGUCAACGAAACAAAAAUGAGACAUAGAGUGCCAGUUCUUUCUUUGACGCCGGUUUGUUAAGUCGAUGAGGGUCUAGCUUAUCUAGACGCAGAAAAUGAGCUGCUCAGUCUCCUGGCUUGUGAUCUUUACAUUAAUGCUUGAUGUCGUGUCAACUAGUGACAUGUACUCCUCUGUGGCUGAGUUAGAGCGGCUCUACGUAAAGGAGCAACAAGUUGGCCAACGACUUGAACAUUUCCUCCUUCUCAUCAAGCAACAAACGGAGGCUAUUGAUCAUUAUCUAACAGAAUUGAGAGAAAUUCGUUCCGCUAAUUUAGAUUCGAGGGCAGUGAUUAGCAAUCCAAUCAACGCUUUCCACAUGAUGAGACGUCUAACAAUCUCUUGGCAAACAGUCAAAACAGCAUUGGAAACUCAAGUCAAUGUUACUGAAAUUGUUGAAGACGUUCUAAACAUUUCCAAGAGUUUCCCGAACGAUGAGGACCUGUCGGGCGCGGCAUUUUCUUUGGCUCAGUUGCAGGGAGCCUAUCGAUUGAACGUCAGCCAACUUGCGAGCGGUAAUGUCCAAAUGUCCGAUCGAAUCUCUUUUGCCAGCUUGAGGGGACUAAACGCUCGAGAUUGUCUUUUCAUCGGCAAGCAUGCUUUCAACAAAGGGUUUUACGACCAGGCCGUUGAUUGGAUAUCUACCGCCUCGGAAGUUGCCCAAUCCGAGAGUAAUCAAUCAGCCACCGUCGCUGAAAUCAAGCCUUUUCUAUCGACUGCAAUCCGUGUGCACGACGAUGUUCUAGAGAAAAAAGGUCCCCUCGGAGAAAACUGGCGGACUAAUCCGCAGCCGUUCAAGCGACGCGUCAAGACCGUCAGCGGAGGCAAUCAAUCAAAACAGCAGCGGAUUGCGGAUGCGAAAAACAAUGCGUGCAGAUUGGCGACAGACAAAUCACCGGUUUGGGAAGAAACAGAAAUCUUUUUCAGACUUUGUCGCGGAGAACAAUCUCGGCCGACACGUCUGACGAGCAGGUUAAAGUGCCGUCACAUCAGCCACACUCAGCCGUACUUCAUCGUGCGGCCAUUAAAACUGGAAGAGCAUUCUCUAGUGCCUUAUAUUGCAGUCUUUCACGACUUCAUGUCCGACGCAGAGACAGAGCUAUUCAAAUCGUUGGCGAUAGAGAAUUUAGAAAGGUCGGCGCACGGGAGCAAACGUUCCGUACGUCAAGGAGUUACUAGCGAUAAGCGCACGUCCAAACAGUCGUGGGUGCAGGAUGGCAGCCAUCACGUGAUUGAUAAAAUCACGAAAAGGAUCAGCGACUCGGUCGGUUUGAACAGCCAACCUUCUAACGUCGGAUCGGAACAUUAUCAAGUGGCCAAUUACGGCAUCGGUGGAAGAUAUACUCCGCACUGUGAUCAUGGCGUUCUUUUCCAAUCUAGAGGCCAACCCACUGAGUUUGAGCUGAUGCGCGGCGAUCGCAUCCUUACGUUCAUGACUUACUUGGAUGACGUGGAAGAAGGCGGAGCGACUGUUUUCACUCAGGCGGGAGUGGCCGUCAAGCCCAAAAAAGGAAUGUCCGUCUUCUGGUGGAAUCUCAUGUCGGAUUUGAGCGGUGACACGUCGACGCGACACGGUGGAUGUCCCGUCCUUCAUGGAUCUAAAUGGAUUUGCAACAAGUGGUUUCAUAGCGGCGAGCAAUUUCUCAAACGCCCUUGUGGCAAAGAGCCAAAAUCUCGGAUUUCACAUCCUGGAGGGGAUGCCGUGAAUGGAUGAAUUGAAGAAAUCAUAUAUAGCCUAUUCAAGUCUUAUAUAACCAAUGACUAUCGAUAUUUCAAUAAACGAUAUUUAAUUUAAAGUA